AUGCUAUUAAGGAUUCAAAGAAUAACUCCAAGCAGUUUGAUUCGGCUUAUUGCAAGGUCUGUAAAGAAGAAGAAGCGAUCAAGUUUGAUGGGGCGAGGAAAGGUUCAACUGAAGAGGAUCGAGAACAGCAUAAAUCGGCAGGUGACAUUCUCAAAGCGUAGAGGAGGGCUGCUGAAGAAGGCCCACGAAUUGUCAGUGCUGUGCGAGGCAGAAGUGGCUCUCAUCAUCUUCUCAAGCAGAGGGAAACUCUUUGAAUAUGGCAGUAACGGGAAAUUAGGAAAAGCAACAAUUCUUAUUCCUGGUGGUGAAGAGGCAACUGAAUCAGAUGAUGUGAAAUCACAAGAAUAUGUUGAGGAGUUUGUUCUAGAAGUCCUAGCAGAUGAGUCAAAAUCUAAUGAACCUCCUAUUCCAGAAGGUCAGGAUAAACCAGUUUUGGAAGAAGCUGAAGAUGAAGGAGAUAAGAUUAAUGUUGAUGUCAGUGAUGUAGAUAAGGUUGAUUUAGAGGAGUUAGAAGUUAAGGUUGCUAGUGAGGAAAAACACACUGAGGAUUUGGUAAAGGGGAAGCAGAUCUAUGCAGAGGAUCCAAAAUUUUCUCAAGGCCCCAUCAACCUGGAUUCUUUGUCGCCCGUUUAG